CCUUCCCUUCCCCCCUCUCUCCACAUGGUCAUGGCCGGCCUCUACUUCUCUCCUCUCUCCUUCUCUCUGCCUUUCUCUGCCUCUACUUCUCUCUUAACUCCCCUCCCCAUGCCCUGAAUAAACUCUAUUCUAUACUAUGCCGUUGUGUAGCUUGUCCCUCAGGGGGAAGGGGUGCCUUGGCAUGGGCCCGCCUAGACACCCCCUCCCCCACACCUCACCACACCCCACAGAACAUAUCUUUAUACCCCUUUAUCUUUUUAUGAUCACAACAGCCAGUGACACCUGAGGACAUUGCACCGCAUCUUAAGUGAGUCGUGAGACCCUCACACAGGCUUCUGCUCAUUCCGUAAUGGUCUUGGGAAAUGAAUGUGAGACACACACCCUGUCUCCUAGAACUCCCAGCCAGCAGACUGCUGCCCACUACCAUGUCAUUGCGAGCACCUGGACUUGGAGUUUGUCCCUGUUCACGAGUCCAGUGUCAAGUCCCUCCAUCUACAAUGGACGAGUCAGUGGUCUAUGCGGACUUGCACCUAGCCAGGACCCAAGAGCCUAAGCCUGAAUCACCUCCACCUCUUUCCCCAGACACCUGUCGGUGCCCACGUUGGCAUCGGUUGGCUCUGAAAUUCAGCUGUGCUGGCCUCAUCCUUCUUGUGUUGAGCGUGAUUGGACUCAGUGUCUUAGUGCUGUCAUUAUUACAAAAACUAUCGGUACAAGAAAUCAGCAUGGAUGUUCAAAAGAACCGGAUGAAUACAACAGACAGUCCAGCUAAGGUAGAGUGUCCACAAGACUGGCUUUCACACCGAGACAAGUGCUUUCAUGUUUCUCAAGCUUCUAACAAUUGGACGGGAGGUCUAGCUGACUGUGAUGGAAAAGGAGCCACUUUGCUGCUCAUUCAAGACCAGGAAGAACUGAGAUUCCUACAGGACUCAACAAGGGGAAAAGGAGAUUCAUUUUGGAUUGGACUAAGUUACACAUUGUCAGACAAGAACUGGAAGUGGAUAAACAGCUCGACCUUAAAUUCUGAUGUAGUAAAAAUCACUGGUGACACUGAAAAGGGCAGCUGUGCCGCCAUCUCAAGGGGCAAAGUGGUUUCUGAGAGCUGUGCUUCAGACAACCCUUGGAUCUGCCAAAAGGAACUAAAACAUGAAACCACUCGUAAUGACUCCUGACUGGGAAUCUCAUCUCGAUUACUUUAGCAUCCACACCAGAUCUCUGCAUCCAACCUGUCUCUGCUGUCUGCCUCACAGUGCAGGAGUGGCACCAGGCAUGGACUCUGAAAGCACUGGGACUCUCACAGAUUCUUUAUUGUGUAAAUGUAAAUGUACACUGACACGGGUGUGCCAUUCUGUGAGGGGAGUUCUGUGGAAAGAAGACCAGGCAGCCGAGGGGCACGGGAUUCUAAUCUUAGAGUCUGUGUGACCUUUGCUGGUCUCCAGGCCCGAGGUCAUCUGCAGACAUCCACAGAAGACUGUUUGCAAAGUCCGGAUUUCCCGCCUAACCUCUCCAAGCCAGCAAACCCGGCUGUAGAACAUUGAUUAAAGCCUUGCCACUGACACCCGAAGCCCAGGGUUAAGGGAUUAAGGGAUGAGACUGAUAGUGGUUUAAAUAGUUCUUACAAAAUCCAGGGUAAACUGAGCUCUGGUCAUGUGAUGCCGCUAGCUCUGGUCAUGUGAUGUCUCCACCCUUGGCCAAUGCUAGUACCUAGGUGCUGGGCUUCUCAGCUCCAUAACUGGCAGAGACAAGCUUCUUUUCUUUGGAAGAUUUCGGUUUAAGUGACAGAAAAGCAAACUAAGGUAACUUAGCUCUCCCUGCCGCUCCACCGUCCUUUUCGCUCUAGUUUGCUGGGCAUUUCUUCUUUCCACACUUGGGGAGAAUUAAGCUUUAAAAAAAUAUACAUCUUUUGAAUGUCCCCCUUCCUAAAAACUUGCCAAAUUGUCCAUGAAAAUAAAAGAGGUAAGAAUAUUGAAUUUACUUUAUAAGGAGACCUAAAAUUUCUUUAAAGAUGGGCUUCUACAAGCUCUAAUCACUCCAUUUCAAAUUGAAUUACUUAAACUUAAACUACAUAUUAUAACGAUUCAAAUAAAUCCUCAACUCCUAUUUGCCAGAAACAAAGGGUUUUAAUCUGAUAAUAAUGAUUUUUAAUGUACUCAAAGAGUAAUUCAUUUUGUGAAAAUUCCUAGAAAUCAAUUUACCCAGGAAAAACUUCGGAGAAAAGCAGCACUAGAAAUCAGCCGUUAACAGCAGUGAUGUUUUGGAAUGAGCCUGUAGUUAAGAGCAUGCACAGCUAGGCAGAUAUGAGCAGGAGGAAGCCCAUGGAAGAAAUAAGACACAGGGGGCUUUCCCCGCGACCAUAUGUGCUGCCAAUAAAUAUGCUGAUGAGCAGGGAAGGCACAGUGGUGGGGACAGCUUGGUCCGAAUCAGUUUCAGCAAAGACAAAUGAAGCUGGCUCCCCAAGGCAGGAAGAUGACAUUGACAUAGGAGAAAGAAAACCAAAAGACACUUUUUAAAAAUCCACCUUGCUGCCGGGCGGUGGUGGCGCACACUGUAAUCCCAGCACUCUGGGAAGCAGAGGCAGGCAGAUUUCUGAGUUUGAGGCCAGCCUGGUCUACAGAGUGAGUUCCAGGACAGCCAGGGCUACACAGAGAAGCCCUGUCUCGAAAAAACCAAAUCCAAAAAACAAAAAAAAACCAAAACAAACAAACAAACAAAAAAAUCCACCUUGCAGAGCCCAGAGGGCUGCCAUCCACCUCCAGCUCAGCCUGCUCCAGUAUGAUUCUGGAGUUUGUUAUUGCUUUGAGUUCCUUUGCUUUGCUAAAUAAACUUGAACUCUAAUGGUGUCUCA